GGCGUAGCAGAGAUGUCCAACGCAGACUAGCGCUACGUAAUCUCCGUGGUGUUGCCACGGCAACCACGCCAGCUUUACCUCUCGCGCAGCGUUAGGGCGCUGCAGCUAAUGGUGCGCAGGGUGAUUUCUGAGUGAGAUGGACUCUGCUGUGAAAGACCCCCGUAAGCUCUUUCUACUGAACACAGCAGCAAAUUAUUUCAGCCUGAAGCCAGCAUACUCCCUGUCUACAUCCACUGAGCUCAAUACCUUCCUAGAUGAUGCAAACCAGUUUAUCCUGGUAACCAGCAGUGAUGGAGAUCAGCUGCGCUUCUUCAAUAAGAUGGACAGUGAUUGGGAUGAAGAGCGUGUGUUGGUGUUCUUCAAGUUGCAUCCGUGUGUGAUUACGGAAGAGAAUGUCAGCAGAGCCGUGCUUGUCUCCACCAUGCUGGAGUCUCCAGUCCACACCCUCUACCAAACACUCAGACAGGUGUUCAACCCUGCACUUUUACAGGAUGAGAAGUGGAGCCAGGCAUUUGAUCCACGGCUGCAGUCUCUUCUCAGUGAGCUUGAGGAGGGGUUGGGAUCAGUGCUUCGACACACACUUCCUAAGGAUUCAGGCAAAAAGAGGCUGUCUGAGGAUGAUGUUGUGGGUAUUGUAACGCCAAGUGAUGAGUUCCAGUACUGGGCUGAGUUGGGUCAAACAGUAGAGAAGAGCAGCAAAAGAGAAAGAGCAGCACACUUUUCUGAGCUUUUUAAGCCAAUAGUUAAGGAUUACAGUAACCUGGAAAGCCUGAGUUUAUUGGAUGCGCUGGAACUAGCUGAAAACUCUCAAGAUGUUCUGGAUGAUGUUUGGAGACAAAAUGAGCACACGCCCUAUCCCGAAAUCCGCAUGCGCAGACUCAUGGACAUCAUAGGAUCGUCUCUGGGCCGGUUUGUUCAGAAAAAGCUCUGUGUCCUGCAUCUGUGGGAAGAUCCGUAUCUGACAGUGAGAGAAAAUCUAAGAGAGGGCGUGACUCUGUGUGAGCAGUGGGUGACAGCAUGUGAGCACUUGACCGGACAGCUGUGGAAACGCUAUUCACCACACCUGUGGGAGGGGGAUAAGCUCCACCCACACGGGUUAAAAAACCUCAUUCAGCGACUGGAGGAGGUUUUACAGAUCCGGGCAGUGCAGGAGAAGCUGCAACAUUUGUUGUCAGAGAGACAACAGCAAGUUUCAGCCUCCAGAGUGUUUGAGCCUUUUAGUGGACUCAACCCUGUACUCUACAACCCUUACACUGAGCCUCUGUGGAGAGCUGCUGUGUCUCAGUUUGAACGGCUAAUCGCUCCAGCUGAAGAGGAAGCAGCACGAAAGCUGAAAAUAUACAUUAGAGAUGUACAGGAAAGUCCUCAACAGUGUCUGCAGGUGUUCCAGAAGCACAGGGAAAUUAUCAAGCGUCCCACAGUGAGCAAAGAGCUCCAGUCUGAGAGAGAGAUACUGCUGACACGAUUGCAAGACUUCUGCAAAGGUUUGCGUGCUGAUUUUGAAAGCCGCUGCCAUGGAGCUCCAGGAGAAAAAACAGGGCCUUUAGCGGGACGAAACCUUCCAGAGGUUGUGAACAACAUAGUGUGGGUUAGGCAGCUGCUGAUGAAGGUGGAAAACUAUCUGAAGAUGGGCGAGGCUCUGUUGACAGGCUUGCUGGGGUUUGGUGGUUUUGCUCGUUUCUGUGCCGAUCUGCAGGAGCAGCUGAAGGUUUAUGAGCAGGAGCAGUUUGAGGAUUGGUCCAGGGAUCUACUCUCAGGACUGGCAGAUCCCAAAUCAGGAAUCAGUUUGCUGGCAAGUAACCGUGUGAUGGAGCUGGAUCACAUGGACGGUAAGCUGAAGAUCCAUUACUCAGAGCGGUUAGUGAGUCUGCUGAGGGAAGUGAGGCAGCUCUCUGCUCUGGGAUUCAGCAUCCCCACCAAAAUCCAACAGGCCGCCAACACUGCAGAGAAGUUCUACAGACAGGCUUUGAUACUCAAACAGGUGGCUCAUUUCUACAACACCAUAGACCAGCAGAUGAUUCUGUCUCAGAGGCCGAUGCUGCUGAACUACGCUCUGGCUUUUGAGCAGGUUAUAAAGCAGAAUCCUCGUUAUGACGAACGGGAUGCAGGAGGGAAGAUGCAGAUAACGUGGGAAAACACCAAAGAGCUGGAGCUUUACAUCAGCAGAUUGCAGAAUGCUGCUGAAAAACUCUCAGCAGAAAACAGGAAGCUGCGGAAGUGGCACACUAAUUUCAUAGACAAGGUGGGAGUGUUAAUGGGUGUAGAUUUGUUGCGGCAGCAGCAGCGCUGGAAGGAUGGAUUGCAGGAGCUCAGGACUGGCUUUGCCACACUUGAAUCACAGGGCAUUCGUGUGAGUGAUAUGCGGGCCUGGAGACAGCACUGGAACCAUCAGCUUUAUAAAGCUCUAGAGUAUCAGUACCAGGUGGGUCUGGAGGCCCUAAACAAGAACCUUCCAGAAAUACACAUCGACCUCAUCUUCAAGCAGGGUCGUCUGCAAUUCCGACCGCCGUUUGAGGAGGUUCGUGCAAAGUAUUACAGAGAGCUGAAGCGCUUCAUCAGCAUCCCCAACCAGUUCAGAGGUGUGAGCGAGCCGGGGGAGGAGCCUAUCUUUAGCCACAUGAUCGAACGCAAUGCUAAUGGCUUUCUGACCGUCUACAGCAAGGCUGAGGUGCUCUUUAGCAGGCUGCUCAGCGUGCAGGACACGUUCAAGGAGUGGGUUGUGUUGGGGCAGGUGGAUAUGGAAGCCCUUGCAGAAAAGCACCUGCACAGCGCUCAGGACUGGGAGAGAAAUUUCAAAACCCUUAAAGCCAAAGGGAAAGAGUCUGAACGCUUACCCAGUGUGGAGAAAGUUGACUGUAUCACAGUGAACUGCGAGCCUGUUAAAACCGUGAUUGAUGAUCUUAUCCAGAAACUUUUUGACACUCUGCUGGCAACUCUAAGAAAGUCCAUUCAGGGUCAUAUCCAGGCAAUAGACUCAUUUGUUACUGGUGCAAUGGAGACUUUAUCCACUCGACCAGAAAGUAUAGAUGAGAUUGGAGAUGCUAAUGCCAAACACAGCCAACUACAGGCCAAGAAACCGGAGGUUGUUCCGCAGUUUCAGCAGGCGGAGGAAAAGAACAGGCUGCUGCGGUCGGUGGCUGGAGGUGGUGUGGACUCCAUCAGCUCUCUUCGAGCAAAGUGGGACAAAUUUGAGCUUAUGAUGGAGAGCCACCAGCUCAUGAUCAAAGAACAGGUGGAGGUGAUGAAGGAGAGUGUGUUGACACGGGUACAGGUGUACCUGCAGGAUCUGCAGAAGUUCCACCUUCGCUGGGAGCAGCUUAGGCCGAGUGAUGAUGUCAUAGAGUCAGGUGACCAUGCUGCUCUGCAGCGCUCCUUGGAGAGCAUCCAGGAGAAAAAGGAGGAGUUUAAUGAGCUUGAGGAAACACGCAAAAAACUCUUGGAGGACUGUGAGCACUUUAAUCUGGAGCCUCCAGAUGUUUCUUUAGCAUAUGACACAAUGAAGGAUUUGCAGGAGUGCUCUGAGAUGUGGGCUCUUUAUGAGGAGUUUCAGAACGGACUCAACCAGAUUGCUCAACAAGAUUGGAUCACAUUUAGGAGCAAGACUCAUGAGUUUGAAGAGUUAUUGUUUGCGUGGCAUGACCGCCUGAGGAAGCUGCAGGAACACAACACCAUGUCGGUCAUGCUACAGAAGGAGGUGGACAAAUAUAAGGCUGCGGUGCCUGUGCUAAAGUAUGUUCGGGGUGAACACCUCUCUCAGGACCAUUGGCUGGAUCUGUUCAGGCUGCUGGGACUGCCCAAAGGAACCACACUGGAAAAGCUGCUCUUCAGAGACUUACUGAAUGUUACACACACUAUUAUUGACAAGGCACUGGAACUAAAGGACCUGAACAGCCGUGCUCAUGCGGAGGUGAGUAUCCGUGAGGCUCUGCGGGAGCUAGAGCUGUGGGGAGCCGGAGCUUGUUUUUCUCUUCUGGAAUAUCGGGACAGCUCUGGAGUGCAGCUUAACUUGAUCCGGGACUGGAGAGAAGUGUUCAGCCAGGUGGGGGAUAACCGCUGCCUGCUGCAGUCCUUGAAGGAUUCACCGUAUUACCAGAGUUUCCACGACAAAGUCUCGCUGUGGGAGACGCGUCUGUCUGACCUGGACGACUUUCUGCACAGCCUCAAUGCCAUUCAAAGAAAAUGGGUCUACUUAGAGCCCAUAUUUGGGCGUGGGGCACUGCCAAGGGAACAGGCACGCUUUCAGAGAGUGGAUCAGGACUUCAGGGCUAUUAUGGGUGAUGUGCAGAGAGACAGUAGGAUGACAUCUUUGACAGCUCGAGCGGGGAUGAGGAACACCCUGGUCACUCUACAAGAUCAGCUGCAGCGCUGCCAAAAAUCACUCAAUGACUUCCUUGAGGAAAAGCGUUCUGCAUUUUCUCGCUUCUAUUUUAUUGGUGAUGACGACCUGCUGGAAAUUCUGGGCCAAGCCACCAACCCCACCGUCAUACAAACACACCUGAAGAAGCUGUUUGCUGGCAUCUACAGUGUGGACUUUGACACCAGCUUUAGCAAAAUUACUGCUAUGAAAUCCCUGGAGGGUGAAACGGUACCCUUGAGGAACACCAUCACCAUCUCUAGUGAUGUGGAGGUGUGGCUCAGUGGGCUGUCAACAGAAAUGAAGGAGACGUUGAAGUCUCUGCUGUGUGAAUGUGUUCGUGCAGUAAAGAGAGGUGGGGUUGACCCCAACCGCUAUCCCUCACAGAUCCUGUGUCUGGCUGAACAAAUCCAGUUUACUGAGGAUGUGGAGAAUGCCAUCCGGCAGCAGAACCUUCACCAGCUGGAGCUGGAGCUAAUAGCUAAACUAGACCACUACACCAACACUGACACCAGCAGCGAGUCGGGAGAGUCCAGUGUUCUACAGCUGAAGCUGAAGGCUCUGGUACUGGAUGUGAUCCAUAACCUGUCAGUGGUCCGGGAGCUGCUGGAGACUCAGGUGCACAACACUGAUGACUGGCUGUGGAAGAAGCAGCUCCGUUUUUACCUGAACUCAGAGCAGCAUUGCACCAUACACAUGGUAGAUGCAGUGUUCAAUUACACCUAUGAGUACCAGGGUAAUGCUGCAAAGUUGGUCCACACUCCACUGACUGAUAAGUGCUACCUGACGCUGACCCAGGCGAUGAGGAUGGGGUUGGGGGGAAAUCCGUACGGUCCUGCAGGAACUGGCAAAACUGAAUCUGUGAAAGCCCUUGGUGGACUGUUCGGCAGACAAGUGCUAGUUUUUAAUUGUGAUGAGGGAAUAGAUGUGAAGUCUAUGGGCCGUAUCUUUGUGGGACUGAUGAAGUGCGGAGCGUGGGGCUGCUUUGAUGAAUUUAAUCGCCUGGAGGAGGCCGUGCUCUCUGCUGUCUCCAUGCAGAUCCAGGCCAUCCAGAACUCACUUAAGAACCACACAGCCACCUGCCAGCUACUGGGCAAAGAGGUGGAGCUGGACCCGAAUUCAGGAGUGUUUAUAACGCUGAACCCGGCCGGUAAAGGUUACGGAGGGAGGCAGAAGCUUCCGGAUAACCUGAAACAGCUAUUCCGACCGGUUGCCAUGACGACCCCAGAUAACGAGCUGAUCGCUGAGGUCAUUCUUUACUCAGAGGGAUUUAAGGAAGGGAAGGAGCUUGGAUGCAAACUUGUUGCUAUUUUCAACCUGGCCAGGGAGCUAUUGACCCCACAGCAGCACUAUGACUGGGGACUGCGUGCUUUGAAGACUGUUCUUAGAGGAUGUGGAAGUUUAUUACAACUUCAGAAAAAACAGCAGAACAACCAGAAUAACAUAAAGGAAAGUGGAUUGGUGGUUCAGGCUCUGAGGCUGAACACCAUGUCUAAGCUGACGUUUGCAGACAGCUCACGGUUCGAUGCUCUGGUCAGAGACGUGUUUCCUGGAGUUGACUUUAAGGAUGUGGAGUAUGAAGCUCUGAAUGCUGCCUUGCUGGCAGCAUACGAAGAGGCAAGGCUGGAGGUCAUCCCCAGCCAGAUAAAAAAGGCUCUGGAGCUGUAUGAGCAGCUGAAGCAGCGUAUGGGUGUGGUGGUGGUGGGUCCCAGCGGUGCAGGGAAGUCAACGCUGUGGAAGCUACUGCGGGCGGCGCUGGGCCGACUCGACCUGCAGGUCAAACAGCAUACGCUCAACCCAAAAGCCAUGCAGCGCCAUCAGCUGCUCGGACACAUCGACAUGGACACCCGUGAGUGGACUGACGGGGUGCUCACUGCCUCUGCCAGGCAGGUCGUACGAGAACCUCAGGAGGUGAGCUCGUGGAUAGUGUGUGAUGGUGAUGUCGAUCCAGAGUGGGUGGAGUCUCUGAAUUCAGUUCUGGACGAUAAUCGUCUGCUGACUAUGCCCAGCGGAGAACGUAUUCAGUUCGGCCCCAAUGUCAACUUCCUGUUUGAAACACACGACCUGAGCUGCGCCUCGCCUGCCACGAUCUCCCGCAUGGGCAUGAUCUUCCUCAGUGAUGAAGACACGGACGUAGGGUCUCUACUGAAGGCAUGGUUAAGGAGAGAGGAGGAACAGAACAGAGUGAACCUGGAAAACUGGAUUAAUGACUACUUCCACAGAGCACUGGACUUGGUCUUCAAGCAGAAUGACUUUGUAGUAGAGACAAGUCUGGUGGGGACAGUGCUAAAUGGUUUAUCCCAUCUGAGGGGUGUGUGUGAGCGGGGUCAGUUCGUGGUUGGGCUAAUCCGUGGACUGGGAGGAAACCUGCACCUUAAAUCCCGUCAGGAAUUUGCCAAAGAGGUCCUUAGCUGGGCGAGGGAGAGUCCCCCUGACCCGCGGAAGCCUCUGGACGUGUAUUAUGACUCUGACUCCAGCCGGCUGCGUGCGUAUGAGCUGCAGCGUGGGGACGGACUGUGUGUGGAGGAUUUCAGCAAUCCCUACACACUCCCUGUUAUACACACCGCCGACAUGCAGCGCGCAUUGCAUGUCUUUACACACUGGCUCCGCCCUGGACACACACAGCCGUUUCUACUGGUGGGGCCAGAGGGCUGCGGCAAGGGGAUGUUGUUACGGUACGCAUUCUCCAAGCUGCGCUCUACCCAGGUGGCUGUGCUGCACUGUAGUGCUCAGACUUCAUCCCUGCAAGUAUUACAGAAACUCUCACACACUUGUGUGUGUCUGAGCUCUAGCACAGGCCGAGUGUAUCGCCCUCGAGACUCUGAGACCCUCGUCCUCUAUCUCAAAGAUAUUAACCUGCCCAGACCAGACAAAUGGGGCACCAGCAACAUCAUCACCUUUCUGCAGCAGGUGUUGACGUAUCAUGGGUUUUAUGAUGAGAAUCUGGAGUGGGUGGGGUUGGAGAAUAUUCAGAUAGUGGCCUCCAUGUCAGCAGGGGGCGCACUGGGCCGUCACACACUCACCUCCCGCUUUACCUCUAUAGUGCGCAUCUGCACCAUUGAUUAUCCUGACAGGGAGCAACUGCAGACCAUCUACAGUGCCUACCUGUCUCCUGUGCUGCAAAGAACUCUGGGUAAUCACCCCACCUGGAGCUCUGCUGGGAGGGUACACCAGCUUGCUGGUUCACUGGUGCAGAUCUAUGAACAGGUGAAGGCUAAGUUCACGGUGGAUGAUUACAGUCAUUACCUGUUUACUCCGUGUGUGUUGACUCAGUGGGUGCUGAGUCUGCUCAGAUAUGACCUGACUCCAGGUAAAUGUGUUACUCCUGCAGACUCAGUGCUGGAAGUGAUAGCUUACGAAGCCCGCCGGCUGUUCAGGGACCGAAUCGUCUCCAGCAAAGAUUUAAACGCGUUUGAUAACAUCCUAAGCUCUGUCAUCAGAGGAGACUGGGGCUCUGAUGUGCUAGACAACAUGUCAGACACAUUCUUCGUGACCUGGGGUGCCAGUCAUGAGGGCCGGAACCCUAACCAACCCCUCCCACCUUACGGCAAGCCACUCGGCCGCCUCAACACCAGUGACCUUACUGAGGUCAUUCGCAAGGGUGUGGUCAUGUAUGGGCGUGAGAACCGCGAGCUGGACCUGCUGUUUUUCCCAGAGGUUCUGGACUUUAUGUCCAGAGUGGACCGUGCUUUGAGCAGUCCAGCAGGGUCUCUGCUGCUGGCCGGCCGGAGCGGAGUGGGACGCAGGACAGCCGUGUGUGUGGUCAGCCACAUGCAUGGAGCAACAAUUUACACCCCCAAAAUAUCUCGAUCUUACAGCCUCAAACACUUUAAAACUGACCUCAAAACGGUGAUGCAGUUUGCUGGUAUAGACGGCCAGCAGACUGUGCUGCUGUUGGAGGAUUAUCAGUUUGUUCAUCCCUCCUUCCUGGAGAUGGUCAACAGUCUGCUGUCCUCAGGUGAGGUUCCUGGGCUCUAUUCUGCGGAGGAGCUGGAACCUUUGCUGUCAUCUCUGAAAGAUCAGGCGUCACAGGAUGGCUUUACCGGACCCAUCUUCAACUAUUUCUCAAACCGUGUCCAGCAGAACCUCCAUGUGGUGCUAAUAAUGGACUGCACUAAUGAAAACUUCACCAUCAACUGUGAGAGCAACCCGGCGCUGUACAGGAAGUGCUCUGUCCAGUGGAUGGAGGGGUGGUCUGAGAGCAGCAUGAAGAAGAUCCCAGAGAUGCUUUUGAGUGGAGCGGGAGAACAGGAGGAGAAAAGCUCAGAAAGAUCAAAGAAGAAGAGAUCAGCCUCGCUGAAUGCAGACUUCUUCCGUUCGUUCCUGAGGAUCCACGAGUCCUGCCGUGAGUUUGGAGCCACGCCCAGUCAGUACCUGAGCUUCCUCAGAGUGUACCAGUCCAUUUACAGCACCAAGCAGAAAGAACUCACUCAGAGACAGCAGCAUCUGCAGGCUGGUGUGGCCAAGCUGAACGAGGCCAAGUCGCUGGUUGAUGAGCUGAAGCGGCGGGCAGCUGAACAGAGUGUCCUGCUGAAGACCAAACAGGCAGAAGCAGAUGCUGCCCUGCAGGAGAUUACCCUGUCCAUGCAGAAUGCGAGUGAUCAGAAGACAGAGAUGGAAAAGCUGAAGGGAAAGAUGGCUCAGGAAGUGGCCAAGAUCGAAGAGCGAAAGGAGAAGAUUGAGGACGAGCUGAAGGAAGUGCAGCCCCUGGUGGAUGAAGCCAAGCAGGCAGUAGGAAAUAUUAAAUCUGAGUCUCUGUCGGAGAUCCGCUCACUGCGAAUGCCACCUGAUGUCAUCAGAGACAUCCUGGAGGGAGUGCUGAGGCUCAUGGGAAUAUUCGAUACAUCCUGGGUCAGCAUGAAGAGUUUUUUGGCUAAGCGAGGUGUGAGAGAGGACAUCGCCACGUUCGAUGCUCGAAACAUCACACACGAAAUCCGCCAGAGUGUGGAGGAGCUGCUGCACAGGAACAAAGCUUCCUUUGACCCAAAGAAUGCAAAGCGUGCGAGUGCAGCUGCUGCUCCAUUAGCUGCGUGGGUGAAGGCGAACGUCCAGUAUUCUCAUGUUCUGGAAAAAAUACAGCCACUGGAGAGCGAACAAGCUGGACUGAUGGAAAAUCUGCGAAAGACGGAAAGUCGCAAGAACAAACUGGAAGGUCAGCUGAACUCUGUUGGAGAGAAAGUUCUGGAGCUGAAAGAGAAGUUUCAGUGUCGUACUACUGAAGCAGCGAAGCUGGAGGCUGAUGUGAGCAGAGCUCAGGAGACCAUCAGCGCUGCAGAGAAACUCAUUCACCAACUAGACGGAGAACACACACGGUGGACUACUCAGGUGGAUGAGAUCAGUGAGGAGUUGGCCACUCUUCCUAAGCGAGUGCAGCUUGCAGCAGCUUUCAUCACUUACCUGUCUGCUGCACCUGAAGACCAUCGCAGAGCCAAACUACAUACCUGGAUGGAAAACUCCGGAUUACAGAAAUUUGACUUGCGUCACUUCCUGUGUUCUGAGAGUGAACAGCUGAUUUGGAAGAGUGAAGGGUUGCCGUCUGACGAUCUGUCUAUGGAGAACGCUCUCGUUAUACUACAGAUCACUGCACUAAAGAACCGGAGUGUUGCUUGUCCAUUCUUGAUAGACCCUUCCUCCCGUGCAACAGAGUGGUUACGCAUUCACCUGAAGGAACAUCGGCUAGAGGUCAUCAACCAACAGGACUCUAGUUUUAUGACGGUGUUGGAGUUAGCAGUGCGUUUUGGUAAAACGCUGAUAAUUCAGGAAGUUGAUGGAGUCGAGCCAGUUCUUUACCCUCUACUGCGCCGAGACCUGAUCGCCCAGGGUCCUCGCUAUGUGGUGCAGAUUGGAGAUAAAGUUGUGGACUAUAAUGAGGAUUUCCGUCUGUUUCUGGCAACCCGGAACCCUAGCCCUUUUAUACCCCCUGAUGCUGCAUCAGUAAUAACUGAGGUGAACUUCACCACCACCAGAGCAGGACUGCGGGGGCAGUUACUGGCUUUGACUAUCCAGCAUGAGAAGCCCGAGUUGGAGAGUGAGAAAACUAAACUGCUGCAGCAGGAGGAGGAGAAGAAGAUUCAGCUCGCUCUCCUGGAGGAGUCACUGUUAGAGACGCUGGCUACAGCACAGGGGAACAUUCUGGAGAAUAAAGAGCUGAUCGAGUCUCUGAACCAGACGAAGGCCAGCAGUGCUUUGAUCCAUGACUCUCUCUCAGAGUCCCACAGACUGCAGACUGCCCUCGACCAGGAGAGGGAUGCUUAUCUCCCAUUGGCUGAGAGAGCCAGUAUGAUGUAUUUCGUUAUAACAGAUCUCUGCCAUAUUAAUAACAUGUACCGCUUCAGUCUGGCUUCCUUCCUCCGCAUCUUCCACAGAGCCCUGCAGACCAAACAGGAGAGUGACAGCACUGAGGUCAGGAUCGCUGCUCUGGAGGCAUCUUUGAAGAGUAUGGUGUAUGAAUAUGUCUGCCGCUCACUAUUUAAGGCAGAUCAGCUGAUGUUUGCGCUGCACUUUGUGAAAGGAAUGCAUCCUGAGCUUUUCCAGGAAAAUGAGUGGGAUGCAUUCACUGGAUUGAUUGUAGGAGACAUGGUCAGAAAAGCGGACUCCCAGAAGUCCUUGCAAGAACAAAUUCCUUCUUGGAUUGAUCAGGAAAGACUACCAGCUGUGGCUUUACUCAAGACCACGUUUCCAGCACUGUAUCAGUCUUUGUGUCUGAAUGACUCAGGUCUGUGGAUGUCCUUUUCUCGAAGCUCGACCUGUGAACAGGAAAUACCAUCAUCUAUUGCAAAGAAACUCUCCCUCUUUCAGCAGGUGCUGGUGGUACAGGCUCUUAGACCGGACAGACUGCAGAGUGCAAUGGCUGCUUUUGCCUCGCGUGCUCUGGGUAUGAAAGAGUUGUCUCCUCCACCUCUGAACCUGCGGCGAGUGUAUGGAGAGACUGUGGAGACAGAACCGGUCCUUCUGAUCAUUUCACCUGGAGCGGAUCCAUCACAGGAGCUGCUAGAGCUCGCCAGCGACACAGUUGGACGGGACAACUACCAUGAGUUGGCGAUGGGGCAGGGCCAGGCUGACGUAGCGCUGCAGGUUCUGAGGGAGUGUGUGCGGAGUGGAGAGUGGCUCUGUUUGAAGAAUCUGCACUUGGUCACUGCAUGGCUGCCCCUGCUGGAGAAGGAGCUAAACAGUAUGCAGCCUAAAGCAGGGUUCAGGCUGUGGCUGACUGCAGAGGUUCAUGCCAACUUUACCCCCAUCCUGCUGCAGUCCAGUCUGAAGAUCACUUACGAGGCUCCUCCUGGUCUAAAGAAGAACCUGUUGAGAACCUACGAGUCAUGGACCUCGAAUCAGAUCAGUAAAGGAGGACAGACGGCUCGAGCUCAGAGUCUGUUCUGCCUGGCCUGGUUCCACGCGGUCUGUCAGGAGAGACGCAAUUAUAUACCCCAGGGUUGGACUAAGUUCUAUGAAUUCUCUCUGUCUGAUCUGAGGGCUGGCUUUGACAUCAUUGAUCGACUUUUUGAAGGCGGUAAGGUGUUUCAGUGGGAGUGUGUGCACGGUUUGUUGGAGAGUGCGAUCUACGGUGGUCGUGUGGACAAUGUGUGUGAUCUGAGGGUUCUGCGCUCUUACCUGCAGCAGUUCUUCAGCACACAAGCUCUCACACACUCACGUAGCAGGAAAACACACGCUUUCCCCACUCAGAUCAGUCUCCCCAACUCCUGCAGCAUAAUGGAUUACCGCAGUGUGGUGGAGAGUCUUCCAGAAGAUGACAGACCGAGUUUCUUCGGCCUGCCUGCCAACAUUGAGCGCUCAGCCCAGCGAAUUACCAGCACACAGGUGAUCUCUCAGCUGAGAAUACUCAGUAGGUCGGUGGCUGCGGGCUCAAAGUUUGACAGAGAGGUUUGGUCCAGUGGCCUCUCACCUGUUCUUAACCUGUGGAAGAGACUGAACCAGGGUUCCUCUCUGAUCCAGCAGAAAGUCUCUCCUCCUGCUGAAGCCGUUGGCUCUCCUGUGCUGUCAUUUGUUCAGCUUGAGCAGUUUAACGCAAUCCGAUUGGUCCAGAGCAUCCACCAAUCACUGGCCUCGCUCAGCAAGGUGAUCAGGGGCACCUGUCUCCUCACAGCUGACGUCCAUAAAUUGGCAACCGCCCUACUCAACCAGGAGUGUCCUCUGAGUUGGCAGAGUAAGUGGGAGGGGCCAGAGGAUCCAAUGCAAUACCUCAGAGCUGUGGUGGCCAGAGCUCUCGCUGUCCAGAGUUGGGUGGACAGAGUGGAGAAGAACACACUGCGUAGUGAUACACUUGAUCUGUCUGAACUCUUCCAUCCGGACACCUUCCUCAACGCCCUGAGACAGGAGACUGCCAGGGCAAUGGGCUGCUCUAUGGACAGCCUGAAGUUUGUGGCAUCGUGGAAGGGUCAGAUUACAGGAUCCAAAUUACAAGUGAAGGUGGGAGGGUUGCAGGUGGAGGGCUGUACUUUUGAUGGAAAUCGCCUGAGUGAGAACCAGCAUGACUCGCCCAGUGUGUGUGCUGUUCCUGCAUGCUAUAUGGCCUGGAUUCCACAGAGUGUUCCAGGAUGUUAUUCGGAGGAGGAGUGUGUGUGGCUGCCGGUGUAUACGAGUGCAGAGAGGGUGCGUGUGGUCACUAAUGUUCAGCUCCCCUGUGGAGGAAACCCUGACCAGUGGAUCCAGAGUGGAGCUGCACUGUUCCUUAAACAGCAGUAAUACACACACAAACACGCUCAAACACAGUCUGUGUGUGUUGAUCAAGUUAUCACCUCUUGAAUUGUCUCUGUACUGUUAAAGUAUAUUUAUAUAUUUAUACAACAUAGCUGUAAAUCUUAAAUGCUGAUUUUUGCUAUUGACUUUAUAGGAUGUGUGUUUAUGUGUCUAUGAAUGUUUAAGUUGUAUAUUUUAAUAUUAUCACAAUAAAUAAAGAAAUAAGUAAUUCACCCA